AUUCAAAAUCGCACACCUCAGCGCGCCGCGUGUCGCUCUUGGUUUCCCCCGGAAUCAACAAAAAUAACCACCCCAGAAAUUAACCCAACCCCACACCAAAAUCAAAAACCCAAAACCCACAAUAAUUUACCCAAAAAUAAAAACGCGGUGUCAAAAAAAUAAUCCAAAUCCAAAGUUAAGAACCCGACGCAAAAUCUAGUAACCCCCAAUAACAUUUUUUUUUGCUGUGCGAAGCGAGACAAAGAAGAGUGCCAAAAAGAGAGCGAAAAGAGGAUUAACAAACACAAAAAAGGAGCUAAAGAAACCAAUGCAAAGAUGUGUCACAAUUCAGGGAUCGUGGAGAAAAACAACGAGCAGCAGAUCGAACGCUACAUGGCCUGUGGAAUGCCAUCGAAGGCGGUGAGAAGUGUCCAGUACACGCUGAAGAAGCGCGAGAAGAAGGAGCAGCAGAGGAAGGAUCUGCUGGAGCACAAGGAGCAGCAGUUCCUCGAGGAUCUCGAGCUGAGCAGCAGCAGCAGCAGCUGUGAUUCCUCCACCGCCGGCAGUGACAGCGAGGAUAGCGGCGUUACCGAGACCCUGAAAUCCCCAACACCGGUCGAGGCGGUCACUCCAAAGGUCAGCUCCACCAAAGCGUCAUCCAAGAGCGACCUCUUGAGGUUCUGCCCUCGCUUCCGCAAACUGCAGCAGGAGCAGCAGCAGCAAUUGCUCAAGGAGAUGGAACUGCAGGAGGAGGAGAUACCGGCCAGCACUUUGAAGGCCCAACAGCAGCGCAAGCUGAGCUCCAUGGAGCCAUCUAUGGACGACGCCCUGGCCAUUGGCACCCAGAUGACGCGCCAGGUGUCCGAGAGAAUCACCUGCCUGGUGGCCCAGCUGCAGGCCAGUCGCCUUUACACAAUUCUGACGCGUACAACACAACCAGCACACUUGAUAGCCGUUUGCAUAUUGGCCUUUGUGCUGAUGACUGUGGGACGCGACCUCAUCGACCCAACGACAUCUGUAGCACCACAACCGGCAACAGAAAUAGAAACGGAAACGACGAGAACAGCAACAGGUGGCGUACUGGCAGCCCUAGUUUUCCUGGGCGCCUUUGCCACCCACUUUGGGUCGCAGAUCUGGAUGACAUUUGUCUCGGGUCUCUCGCUAUAUUUCUCCCUGCCCCGCCACGUUUUCGGACAGUGCCAGCAGAUCCUGUUCCCGCGCUACUUCGCCCUGAACGCCAUUCUCAGUCUGACGAUGCUGGUGGUGUAUGCCAAGUAUUUCCUCACCGGAUGGACGACAGCGGCGGGCAUCCAGAUGGGAUCGCUGGCCUUGGCGGCGGGCAUCGAGGUGGUGGUGCGGCUCUAUCUGGUGCCACCGAUGCUGCAACUGAUGCACGAGAAGUACAGGAUCGAGGAUGCGAUCGGCAGUGGACAGGAGGUGGGCAGCCUCGUCCAGGGCGACCUUGUCGACUGUCCGCAUUAUCAGCGCAUCCACAAGGGAUUCCGGCGCAUCCACAUGACAAUCGCCAUUGGCAACAUGACGGUCAUGCUGACCACCUGCCUGCAGCUGUAUUUUCUGGCAUCGAAAAUACGCCUCAGCUAAGGCAAAAACCGGAGUGAAGAAUUUAUAGAUUAAGGCUCACAUCAUUGUAACAAUCACUUCUCACACACACCGUAUUUCAAUGUUCGAUAAUUGUCUCAAAUUUAUAUUGCUUAUUGAACCAUUGAUCUAUCGAGCUGGUUGUAAACGAUCAAGCGGCAGCAUCUGCAUCGUUUACAUCAGACUUUUGAAUGCCCUUCCUCCGCCCCACGCACACCCACACACAAAAAUAUUUAAUUUAUCCCGAGGACGCCUCGUUUUCUGCGACCUUGCAAUCUGAUUUCCUGUGAUAAGCUCAGCCCAACUCCCACUACACCACCCACCACCACCCACCACACGCGAACCCCAGCACAUUUAGCCCAUAGUCGAUAGCCAAUAAUUUACACAGAAUUAUUAAAUAAUAGCCUAUUGAUAAUUAA